CACUCUUAACAGUUCAAAAGGAGGUUUCUGUUACCACAUCAGUUUCAUUGUGGGGGUUAGCGUGCUGUUUUAGCACAGUGAGAACAUAUACGUGGAUGGCAAGCAUGGGCAUUGUAUUUGACAGUUAAUAGGUCUCUCACCUGUUGACAAGUGGACAUCAACAGUUAGCUUUACACAAACAAGGUUGUCGAUCAUUAUAGUCCCUCAGGCAACUUGGACAUUUUCUGCUGGCUAAACACGUUUAUCUGCCAAUGGGUUUGGAUGUUCAGGAUAAUCUGUUAUCUGAAUGUUGAUGCAUUCUGUUUCUAACAAUUUAAAGUGGUUUUGAAGUUUCUAGGUCCUUUUGUCUAGGAACUAUUGAAAUGGAAAGAAUUUGUAACCUGUAAUUUGUUGACGGCCCCUAACCACUUCCAUUGACUAAGCGGAAAAUAGGGAAGAGUCGGGGAAAUAAGACGAUACGAGACUGGGUGUGUGAAUAUCUGUCUAAAUGUCUGAAUAUCCAACGUUGUAAAGACCGUUGCAUUGUGUCUCAAAACCCCGGGACAAAGGGGGAAAGGGUCGGUGAGACUGGGUGUCCGAAUGUCAGUUGAAUAUUAAACUUAAAACCAACUUCACCUCGGUUUGUGCAGCUUGCACUCAGAACCCCAGAGUCCGUACUCUUCAUUGUAAUAGCGUUCAAGAGCGAAGUUUUCAUCACGACGUCAGUUUGAAAUUCCGCGUUUCGGUGUACAUUACCAGACCCUGAACCCAAAAAGGAAGAAAAAUAACAUUGCCUAUUCAAUGAGUAAUUGAAAUCCAAACGUUCAGUCGGACCCACUUUUGACGCCACAUUGUUUUCAGAACGAAGUUGGGUGGUCUCCUGUCUGCACUAAGCCGUGUGGACGACCAAGGUGUGGAAACAAAACCUCCAUUGAAAAUUGAUCUGAAGGAAGAGAUGGCCAAGAGAGAGGACAGUGAAAAGAUAGUCAUCAAUGUUGGUGGCGUGCGGCACGAAACCUAUAAGAGCUGCCUUAAGACCUGGCCCGGCACCCGGUUGGCCCGCUUAGCGGAAUCUCUCUCAGAUGGCGAUGACGCGGAACCUGGUUCAAUCGGCGAGUUUUUCUACGACCGAGACCCAGGUAUGUUUACCUACAUACUAAACUACUACAGGACCGGAAGUCUCCAUUGCCCGCCCAUGGUUUGUGGCUGCCUGUUCGAGAAGGAGCUGGCCUUCUGGGGGAUCAAUGACGCGGGCAUGGAGGCCUGCUGUUGGGUGUCUUACUGUUCCCACAGAGACAGAAUUGAAACCCUCCGCAAACUGGGACCGUCCGAUCACGAGCAACAGGACGGACACAACCUCCUCCUGCUCGGCCCUGAAUGCAGGGAGGCUUCACGGAGGUCAAAGAUAUGGGCCCUUUUUGAUGAUCCAUACUCAUCCAAGGCUGCAGAGGUCAUUGCUGUCAUAUCCCUCAUCUUCAUCCUGGUCUCCAUCAUCAACACCUGUGCAGGUACGCAUCCGUUUUUCCAUGAAUUCCAGGUGGUCCAUGUGGCGGUGACAGCUGACUACAUCAUGGAGAACGACACAGUGGAACCCGUGCCUUCUAAAGUGUUUUUCGUGGUGGAAGCUGUUUGCGUGGCUUGGUUCACCUUUGAGUUCCUGGUUCGCGUCGUCUGCUGCCCGGUCAAGCUGCUCUUCGUCAGCAAUCCGCUCAACAUCGUCGACUUUGUGGCCGUCCUUCCUUUCUACCUUGAAGUGAGGCCCGAGUUCCUCCCCAGCAGCAUCAGGUGCAUUCUGGGAAUGGUGCGAGCGGUGCGCUUCCUCCGCCUUCUGCGGGUGUUCAGACUGAUGCGAGACGUCGUGUGUGUGCAGGUCCUGAGACACACUCUGCGGGCCAGCCUCGGCUACUUCUUCAUCAUCUCCGCUUUCCUGGGGGUGGCCUCAUUCAUGUUUGGCUCCUUAUUCUUCUAUGCCGAGAGCCUUUUGGACACUGUAGACAUGAAUGUCCAUGAUAUUUCCGGUAGUGCCUGGUGGGCAGUGAUAUCCAUGACUACCCUUGGCUACGGCGACAUCAUUCCAAUAACUUGGCCUGGCAAGGUAGUUGGAGGCCUGUGUGCUGUGACGGGUGUGCUGACCCUCGCCCUGCCUGUUCCUGCCUUGGUGAACAACUUCCGGAUAUACCACGAGUUGGUUACAGCUAAACGUAAACUGUCAACGAAGAGGAGGUACAACCCUGACCUAAAUGUUCCAGUGGCCUCAACCUCCGGUGACUUGUAUCACACCCAGGGUUCUGGCUGCCCUCUGGUGACUGAAUCAAUCCACUAAGAGGUGCCAUACUCAUCAUGACAGGGAAAAGUAUGAUGAUUCCUCCUGGUAGGAUUGCUCCUGGUGGGUUGCUCUAGGUGUGAUGGUAAAGUCUUCUGCGCUGUAAAACCCUGGAAGAGGCUGCCAUUCGGAGUCCUGAAUACCACCAUGACUGCACCACUAUAUCACAAAAACCGGUGACGAUGCAAGUGUUUUGCACUGUUACCUGAUUCAGGCUGAAAGUCACAUGCUUCGAACAGUGUAACCCACUACACAUUGUACAGUGCAAAUUAACAGUACUCAUUAUUUUAAUCGUAAUCAUUAUUUUAAUUUCAUUAUAAUUAAAUCAGCAAUGGGGUUCAGAUAUACUACUAUAAGGAGUUAUAAUGUAUUUACGUGUCAUCUGUUUAUAUACUGUUUGAUAAUAACUAACCAAAAUGAAACUCUUUUGAUUGCAAAUGAACUCUUACAAUGUAGCACUAACACAUAAUUACUGUUGUUUAACCUCAAUUAUGCUAUCAUCUAUGUAACUAUCUCUGAAUUUAUCAUUUUUAAUAAUUACCAUAUUGUGACAGUCAUUGGAAUUUCUCUCAAGUAAAUAAACAACAAAUGAAGAUUGAUUUGUUUGACGAUACGCUUAGUAACAUUAGAAUCUUUAUUUGCUAAUGCAUUGGUUAUUGGGUCCAUUUUGUCUGAAAUUGUGAACCAUGCUCUUCAGAGUUUUUUUUACUUUACAAAUGUAGGUACAACUGGCUCAUUUAACCUGAGUGUGAAGGUUGCUGGACAGUUUUAUAACUUAUGAUCAGAUUUUUCUAUCAUAUUUUUCUAUUUCUUUCUGUUUUAUAUCAAAUGAGCAAGGCAUUGAGCAAUUUCCAUAUUAAUAUUAAGUCCAUACUGAUUUCCAAUUUCCAUAUUAGGUUUUCAACAGGGUGCCCUUAAGCGUACUAGGUACCUUAAAGGUAAAGGUACUUGCUCAGAUAGACUCUAGAAUCUCCCCCAUCCCCAGUCCACGACUGCAAUCCCCGGCUAAAAUCCCACCCCCUGGUCUGCAAUUUCAGCAUUCAACAGCAUUCAUGCAAUUUGUAGUUGUCCAUGACCAUGAAAUGCACUUUAGUACGUCACUUUUGAUAAAAGCGUCUGCUAAAUGAAUGGAGGAGAGGAACUGCCAGGCAGUGCUGUCUGGCACCAAAAACCAGCAUAGAAAAACAACAUAGAAUUGCGCUAACUGAUCCUGGAUCAUUGAUCGGGAGGCAUGAAGUUCCUGGACCUGUGAGACAAUUGCAACAAGGUCUGACACUCUUAACAGUUCAAAAGGAGGUUUCUGUUACCACAUCAGUUUCAUUGUGGGGGUUAGCGUGCUGUUUUAGCACAGUGAGAACAUAUACGUGGAUGGCAAGCAUGGGCAUUGUAUUUGACAGUUAAUAGGUCUCUCACCUGUUGACAAGUGGACAUCAACAGUUAGCUUUACACAAACAAGAUUGUCGAUUAUUACAGUCCCUCAGGCACCUUGGACGUUUUCUGCUGGCUAAACAUGUUUAUCUGCCAAUGGGUUUGGGUGUUCGAGAUAAUCUGUUAUCUGAAUGUUAAUGCAUUCUUUUUCUAACUUAUUUUUUGCAUCCUUAAUAAAAACUGGAUUGCACUAGCAUUUCAUUUUC